CUUCCGCUUCCGGGAUUCCCUUCCUUUUCCAACAUGGUGGAUGAGGCGACUCGACGGGUGGUGUCAGAGAUCCCUCUGCUGAAGACGAAUGCCAGCCCCAGAGACAAGGAGCUGUGGGUGCAGCGGCUGAAGGAGGAAUACCAGGCGCUCAUAAAGUAUGUAGAGACCAACAAGAAGGCCGACAACGACUGGUUCCGCCUGGAGUCCAACAAGGAAGGCACCAGGUGGUUCGGGAAGUGCUGGUACAUUCACGAGCUCCUCAAGUACGAGUUUGACGUGGAAUUCGAUAUCCCGGUCACGUACCCUGCCACAGCGCCAGAAAUCGCCAUUCCGGAACUAGAUGGGAAGACGGCGAAAAUGUACAGGGGCGGUAAGAUCUGUUUGACGGAGCACUUCAAGCCGCUGUGGGCGCGGAAUGUACCGAAAUUUGGUCUGGCACAUCUCAUCGCUCUGGGGCUCGGCCCCUGGAUGGCGGUGGAGAUUCCCGAUCUCAUCAGCAAAGGACUCGUCAAACACAAAGAUAAUUGACCUCUGCCGUGAAGGGAGGGACGGCCGCUGCGUCCGCCUGUGACCCCCGAGCCUCCGUCCCCCGCCCCGGGAUUAUAUUUCAUGAACUGUUCAUACAACGUGAACACCAUUUCCAUCUUUUUACCCUGAACCAUUAAACAUUAUUGUAAUAAAGAUCCUGCGCGUCCGCCGCCUGAA